AACAAACGGUUCACCAUGUUGGAUGUGUUUUUGAUGCAUGUGCACUAAACGUAUUUUAGUUUAAUCCGAGAUAGUGGAGAUGAUUGUGAACAUGGACUGCCAUGGCUGUGAACGCAAAAUUAGAAGAGCCCUUCAAAACUUAGAUGGAGUGGAAAAUAUUGAAAUAGACAUGAACAUGCAAAAGGUGACGGUGACUGGAUGGGUUGAUCAAGAAAAGGUUCUAAAGAAGAUUAGAAGGACAGGAAAGAAAGCUGAGUUAUGGCCUUUUCCAAACAACCCGGAGAUGGUUGGGUAUACACAGGAGUACGCGGACAUGUACAGUUCCCACAGCGACCCCUCUACUUACUUCCACGAGCGCAGCAGCCACAGAUCUUUACCCGCAACUACUAUGAACCUCGGUAUGAUGAUGGUUAUCGCGGUCUGGAAAUGCCUUACUCGUCGACCAUUGUUGGUGAAAGGGCUAGCAAUGCGUUUAGUGAUGAAAAUGUGAAUGCUUGUUCAAUAAUGUAAAUAUGUGUUAGAAUCAUUUGUAAAAAGCUUAUGUUAUUUCCUUUCAAUCACUUCAUUUUUAUUCUUUAUUUAUUUCGGUGAAACAAUUCUA